UCUCUGCCUCGGCAAGCCCUCUCUCCGCUCCCUCCCCUCCUCCGCCACCAUCGCCGCCACAUCUCCGCCGGCCAUGUCGCCCGCUGCCGAUCCGCCUCCCUCACCUUCACUCACUUCCUCUUUUCUUGUUGUAACUUUUGGAGGUUUGCGUUUUGCUUCGAUUGAGCUUUCUCACACUUGAUUUCUCGAUCCACUGCGAAAUUUGAGCUGCUCUAGAUUUUUGUUUACUUUACUAAAUUAAUGUUUUUUUCCCUUGGUGUGAAGAGUCUGGGGGUUUCAGUGCAGAUAGAGUCAGGAUAAUUGACUAGUUGUUCAAUUGAUGCCAUAAUCAUCAAGAACUAGCUGCGUUGAUCGAAAUUGAAGAACUAGUCUGGGAGUUUUUAUACAACUACAUUAUUUCCACCUCGGCAAGCCAGUCGUUGACGACGUCAUGGCCGUCGAUUGGGUAGCUGACGGAUUCUCCCGUCCGAUGGCGGUCCCUCUGGGGUCGUCGCUGCGGCUGACAGUGAUGAAGAUGAAGGAGGAGGAGGAGGCAGGGAAGGGUGAGAUUUUGGGGAUUGUGAGGGGGAUGAAGGAAAAAUUCGAUUUGAUUGAGCAGCUUACGGUUGGGGAGAAUUUCUCGAUUGCAUCGACUGCGGUGGUGAAGGACCUUGAAUCGUUGGGCGAGCAAUCAGAUCUGGUGAAUGAGCAAAAGGAUUAAGCCAGAGAUUUUUUCGACGGCGUUGAGAAACUUGUAGAUGAAUUUGGGAAGGCGAUUUAUUUGACGUCCAACAAUCACGAUUAAUUUGUGAAAAAUAUAGAUGCAGUUUUAAA